UGGGUAUAAAUACCCAAGGACCAGCUCAGUCCAUCAGCACUGGACGUAGCUGGCUGCAUCUCUUGGGUUCUGUGGAGGGAUCAUAAGACCAGCAGAAAAGGGCACCGGCUGAGUGGUCUGAGAGUGACAGUCCGUGAUACUAAAGAAAGAUGGUUGGACUAAAGCCUACAGAUCUCCCUCCUACCGCCACGGUUAAAUUUAUUGGGGCUGGCACUGCAGCCUGUAUCGCUGACCUAUUCACUUUCCCACUGGACACCGCCAAAGUCAGACUACAGAUCCAAGGAGAGAGCUUGCCUGAAAGCAAUGUGAAGAUUGUACAAUAUAAAGGCGUGUAUGGAACUAUAACCACAAUGGUAAAGACGGAAGGGGCAGCCAGUCUCUACAAUGGACUGGUGGCUGGACUCCAACGUCAGAUGAGCUUCGCUUCCAUCCGAAUAGGGCUCUAUGAUUCUGUGAAACAGUUUUACUGCCGGCAGUCAGACAAUUCAGGGAUCAUGUGCCGGCUCUUGGCGGGCAGCACCACAGGGGCCUUGGCCGUCACCUUUGCUCAGCCAACGGACGUGGUGAAGGUACGAUUCCAGGCGCAUAUCAAGAUUGAAGAUGGUAACAAGCGCUAUAAUGGGACUGUGGACGCUUACAAGACUAUAGCAAAAGAAGAGGGUCUCAAAGGACUCUGGAAAGGAACCCUACCCAACAUCACCCGUAAUGCCAUUGUCAACUGUGCAGAGCUUGUGACGUAUGACCUCAUAAAGGAAGCCAUCCUAAAGCAGAGCCUAAUGACAGAUACCCUUCCGUGUCAUUUUGUGGCGGCCAUUGGUGCCGGAUUCUGCGCAACUGUUGUGGCAUCCCCGGUGGACGUGGUGAAGACAAGGUAUAUGAAUUCCACAUCCGGACAAUAUAAGAACGCCUUGAACUGUGCUUUUACCAUGAUGGUAAAGGAGGGGAGCACUGCCUUUUACAAGGGCUUCGUUCCGGCCUUCCUCAGACUUGGCUCCUGGAACAUUGUUAUGUUUGUAAGCUACGAGCAGUUGAAGAGAGCCAUGAUGAUGGGCCUUGGUUCCUGAGCGGCUCCUGAUGUAUAGUACUCUGCAUUCAUGUUGGAGACAUUAAAGGGUGACUCCUGAAAUAACAAAACCUGGUCUUUGAGUCCAGUGCAUCGUGUGAACAAAUUGAAGAUGGUUCUGCAAGGUCCAGCUAUGUGUGCAACACUGGGAAAUCGUAUGAUACGAUGGUCACAGUAUCUAGAAAGCACAGGAAGCCUGCAGAUACUUGUUGCUACAUAUAGAAUGGCUUAAACUCUUCGGGGUGUGAAUAUUUCCAACUAAACUGGUGCUACGCCUGGAGAACUGUGGCCUUAAAAACAUUUGGAAUCCAGUACUGAAACCAAAGGACACAUUUACUGUGUGGUGCUCAGCUGAAAAAUACUCAAAAUGGAGGCAUAAACUAAUAUUGUUGGUACUCUAUGUACUACCCACCAUGUCUCUCUAUAAUCAGGUUAUAUGUUGACUCCAAAAUCUCUACAUGUGACAUAAUAUGAAUUCCUAGCAAACAUCUAGUCAAAAGUUAUUAUGUCGUUUCACACUGUGCCAU